AUGGAGCUAAAUUGGGGCGGCCAUGAGGCAUCUGAUGGUUUCGCGUCAUUCAGUAGAUCAUUUGAUGACAUAUUCGAUCACAGCAUUAGGACCAUCCACGGCGAGGACUAUUCUACUGCAAAUUUGCUCCUCCAGAAGAUUAGAGGGAGAACAAGCAAGUCAGCACUAAGUUCCUCCCUCUCCACGGCAUACUGGUCAAGCAGUAGACAUGCUGGAAUGCAGUGGUAUGGUGAAGCUCUGCAAUCAACUUGGCUUAGUAUCAAUAAGGCGAGUUUCUCUGCGGUAAACUAUGAUCGAGAUAAGAUGGAAUGCAACUCAUUGGGCCGCAAUUCGCGCCUUUUGAGGCCAAUGUCAAUCAAGCUCAUAACCAGUACUUUGUUCCCCUGUCUCAAAGUCAAACUUUGGACUCAUGGCUGUCAGGGUUUGAAAGAACAACUCCGCACUGGCCCCUCGAAUGUCUUCCGGGAGCUGUUCUGGCAUCUUGUUGUUCAAGUUUCUGUUCGAUUGCCCGACACCGGUUUGAAGGUCAUUUCAUUUUCAAAUCCCGUGGGACGGCAGGACAUUUCCCAUAUUAGCACCGCAAUAAAGGGCGGGCUGCGCAAUUUCCUAGAGGAUGUGACGCGCAAGAGAUGCACAAUUGAGUUUGCUCGACGCGAGCUUGCAAAUGUUGCGUUCUCCUCCCAGCCACUUCGACCGAUCUUUCCAUCUGAUGGCCAUGAGGAUGUGUGA